ACAGGAUUACAACCCACAUCAGACCUAAACGAGUGAUUGAUCUGUGCAUGUGUAUGGUAGAUCUGUCUGACUAUGGCUUUAAUUGAAGCAUUACUCUCGCAGGGCUCUGGCACAGGUACAGUAUUAGGUGCUCUGCUGUUGUGUUUGGUUAUUUACCUGUUCUCCAGCCGCUCCAGCUCUCGGGAUGAGGGAAAAAAUUAUCCUCCGGGACCCAAACCGCUGCCACUUCUGGGGAACCUGCACACCCUCAACCUCAAGAAAACCUACAUGAGUCUUUGUGAGCUGUCAAAACGAUAUGGGUCAGUUUACACAGUGCACUUUGGCCCCAAAAAAGUGGUGAUAUUGUCAGGAUACAAGGCUGUCAAACAGGCACUAGUGAACCUGUCAGAGGAGUUUGGAGAGAGAGAUAUUACACCCAUAUUUCAUGAUUUCAACCAGGGAUAUGGGAUUGUGUUUUCCAAUGGUGAAAACUGGAGGGAAAUGAGACGCUUUGCUCUUUCCAACCUGCGAGACUUUGGAAUGGGCAAGAAAAGAAGUGAACAGAUUAUCACUGAAGAAACGCAAUAUUUAAAAGAGGAAUUUGAGAAGUUUGAAGGAAAACCAUUUGAAACAACUCUGCUAACGGCCAUGGCUGUUUCAAAUGUCAUCUCUGCCAUCAUCUACAGCACCAGAUUUGAGUAUAGCAACACCAAGUUACAUCACAUGGUCAAACGAGCUUACGAAAACAUGAGGAUGACUGGAUCUACUUCAGUUCAGCUCUACAACAUGUUUCCUUGGAUUCGUCCUUUUAUGGCCAAUCAGGAACGUAUUGUUAACAAUGUCAAAGAAACGGUCAGACAAAGCGAGGAAAUAAUAAAUGGUCUGAAGAAGACUCUGAACCCUCUGGACCCCAGAGGAAUCGCUGACUGUUUCCUGAUACGACAACAAAAAGAUGAGGAAUCUGGCAAAACAGACUCUUUUUACAAUUCAAUGAAUUUAUAUUGUACAAUCAACAACCUAUUUGGUGCUGGUACCGACACUACGGCUACAACUCUACGCUGGGGUCUUCUUCUCAUGGCCAAAUACCCUGAAAUACAAGCCAGGGUUCAAGAUGAGAUUGACCGAGUGAUCGGUGGACGUCAGCCAGUGGCGGAAGACAGGAAGAACUUAUCAUAUACAGACGCUGUGAUCCAUGAAACCCAGAGAUUUGCAAACGUAAUACCCCUUGGUUCCCCUCAUCAGACCACCUGUGAUGUUCACCUGAAUGGAUACCUCAUCAAGAAGGGUACCAGUGUGUGGGCGCUACUGGCAUCUGUACUGAGGGAUGAAAAUGAGUGGGAAACUCCUGACAGCUUCAACCCAAGUCAUUUCCUAAAUAAGCAGGGACAGUUUGUCAAAAGGGACGCCUUCAUGCCCUUCUCUGCAGGCCGCAGGGUUUGUCCUGGAGAGAGUUUGGCCAGGAUGGAGCUCUUUCUGUUCUUCACCUCCCUCCUUCAGCAUUUCCGCUUCACUCCUCCUCCAGGAGUGUCUGAAGAUGAGUUGGAUCUCUCACCAGUCGUGGGCUUCACUCUGAACCCAUCCCCCCACAAACUGUGUGCAAUCAAACGGUCUUAAAGUUAUAAACAUGCUGUCGAAUGUCUGUCACUUUGUUUUUUUUCCCGCUUGUAUAUUGCAUUUAUUCAUUUAGAUUUCCAUUGGAAACACAUUCAAUGUUUAUUACUUUUUAGAUUUAUAACUAUAGUGCUUUUGCUUUUAAGUAUAAAAGCACGCUAAAUAUGUAAAUUUCACUUUAAAAUCAUGCAAAUAUUGUUGGUAAAACUGAUGAUAGCAUUUACACUUGGAAGCAAUGUAAAGUAAUAGUUGCCUACAGAUGGUUCCUUUAACUAAAAGAUGAGGAUUGAGAAAAGAUUAAUCACUACACAAAUAAAUAAACUUAUCAAAAUUGU